AGAAGAUAAUACUUCUUGAGCACAUUAAUGACUACAAGCUUCUACUUUGAGGAUCUAGCCAAGACAGAGCUGCAAAUAUUUCCAUUUUAGGAAAUUCCAUUCGUUGCCUUCCCUUCUCUUCCGAGAGAGAAGGCAGAGAGCUUUGUGCCCCAUCCUCUCUUUCAAAACCCAUGGAAGGCUAUGACAAUGAACGUCUUGGUUUUGGGAAGAUGGGAUACGGGUGCAAGCACUACAGGAGAAGAUGCAAGAUUCGGGCACCCUGCUGCAACGAACUGUAUUCCUGCCGACAUUGUCAUAACGAGGCAACGAGCAUGUUGAGGAACCCCUUUGAUCGACACGAAAUGGUUCGCCAAGACGUGAAACAAGUUGUUUGUUCAGUUUGCGAUACAGAGCAGCCAAUUGCUCAAGUUUGCACAAACUGUGGCGUCAAAAUGGGAGAAUAUUUCUGCAACACAUGCAAAUUCUUCGAUGAUGAUACGGAGAAACAGCAGUUUCAUUGUGAUGAUUGUGGAAUUUGCAGAAUUGGUGGUCGUGAUAACUUUUUCCACUGCAACAAGUGCGGGUCUUGCUAUUCGCUUGGUCUACUUGAUAAUCAUUUAUGUGUAGAGGACUCCAUGAGGCAUCACUGUCCGAUAUGUUAUGAGUACCUUUUUGAUUCAGUGAAGGACACUACCGUUAUGAAAUGUGGUCACACAAUGCAUUGUGAAUGUUUCCAAGAGAUGAUAAAAAGGGAAAAGUAUUGUUGCCCCAUAUGCUCCAAGUCAGCGAUUGACAUGUCCAUGUACUGGAAGAUGAUUGACGAAGAGGUGGAAGCAACUCUUAUGCCUGAAGAUUAUCGCCACAGGAAGGUUUGGAUACUGUGUAAUGAUUGUAAUGACACAACUGAAGUAUACUUCCACAUAGUUGGGCAAAAAUGUGGCCACUGCAGAUCAUAUAACACUCGUGAAAUUGCUCCACCUGUUCUUCCUCAAUGAUCACAUUGUUAUGCUUCCAGAAGGCAUAUAUUGGUGAGCAAGAAAUUAAAGUAUGCCCCUGUUACGUUGUAGAUUUUUCUUAUUGAGCAGCAUCAAGAUUCACAGAGUUGUUCUGUUCUCCAGAAAAUCUUCUUAGGUUAAUCAUUAAGAGGAAAGAACUCUUGCGUUAUUCUUCCUCCGUGGAACGGAGUGAUUGAGUCAUUUGAUUGAUAUAAGAAUCCUUCAUGUCGUAUGAACUUGCAACAGAGUAAUUGUAUCUGCCAGUGAUGUGGAUUGAACUGACAUGAGAUGGAGGGUUGAUUUAUAACUCUCAUGAAAUUCAAUUAGCAUUCAAUCA